AUGCGUUGCAUUCAUCAAAAACAAUCUCAUCAAAUAUCCGCUCUCCUUACGAUCCUUUUAUUUAUUUUCGCGAUUUUUUUUGUUCCUUCAAUUAUCGGAUGGCAAGCUGGUAACGGAAAUUGUCCGACAUGUAGAGCAACGCACAUGUUGGCGGCUCGCGGAAUUUCGUUUCCUUCCAUGCAAUCUAUGCAACCUUUACAACCUAUGCAACCGUUUCAACAAAUGCCUAUGACUUCUCAGCAAAAUGAGAAUGAGAACGGUGGUGAAAACAAUGGCAAACAACCAGGUGGCAAUGGUACAAAUGGAAAUGGCAAACAACCAGAUGGAAAUGGUGAGGAUGGAACAAGUGGAAAUGGCAAACAACCGGAUGGCAAUGGUACAAAUGGAAAUGGCAAACAACCGGAUGGCAAUGGUACAAAUGGAAAUGGCAAACAACCGGAUGGCAAUGGUACAAGUGGAAAUGGCAAACAACCGGAUGGCAAUGGUACAAAUGGAAAUGGCAAACAACCGGAUGGCAAUGGCACAAAUGGAAAUGGCAAACAACCGGAUGGCAAUGGUACAAAUGGAAAUGGCAAACAACCGGAUGGCAAUGGUACAAAUGGAAAUGGCGAACAACCAGAACAACCUAAGCAACCAAUCUCGCAAUUACCGAUGCAACAGCCAGCACAAAUGUUUCCGAUGGUAAUGCCAAUGCCAAAUCAAAUGUGUCCAAUGUCGUAUUUCCAAAAAUUUGGUGGCUGUGUUGGUUGGCAUCCAAUUUGUCAGCAUUGUGGUUUCCAUCCUUUACCAAUGAUGCCGAUAGUUCCGAUACCUGUUCAAACGCCACAACCAUUGCCAACAACAGAACCGAUGCCUGAACCUACACCAGAGCCAACAACAGAGCCAACAACAGAGCCAACACCGGGGCCAACAACAGAACCAACACCGGGGCCAACAACAGAACCAACACCGGAGCCAACAACAGAACCAACACCGGAGCCAACAACAGAGCCAACAACAGAACCAACGCCGGAGCCAACAGAGUCAACUCCAAAGCCUACUCCAGAACCAACAGAACCACCAACUCCAGAACCUACUGCCAGUUUAUGUCCACCAGGACCAAUUCCCGCUCCAAAGCCAGAACCAACUCCUUGUCCGACUACUAAGCAAACUGAGUGUCCAGAAGAUAAAAUUCAUGUUCAUGUUCCAAUAAAUAUUGUAAUGUCAAAACCAGUUGAGGAGAAACCCACUGAAGAAAAGCCACCAGUUGAGGAGAAACCCGCUGAAGAAAAGCCUCCAGUUGAGGAGGAACCCGCCGAAGAAAAGCCACCAGUUGAAGAGAAACCCACCGAAGAAAAGCCACCAGUUGAGAAGAAACCCGCCGAAGAAAAGCCACCAGUUGAAGAGAAACCCGUCGAAGAAAAGCCACCAGUUGAAGAGAAACCCGUCGAAGAAAAGCCACCAGUUGAGGAGAAACCCGUCGAAGAAAAGCCACCAGUUGAGGAGAAACCCACCGAAGAAAAGCCACCAGUUGAGGAGGAACCCGUCGAAGAAAAGCCACCAGUUGAAGAGAAACCCACCGAAGAAAAGCCACCAGUUGAGGAGAAACCCACCGAAGAAGGGCCACCAGUUGAGGAGAAACCCGCCGAAGAAAAGCCAGUUGAAGAGAAGCCAUGCAAAUAA